AUGUUCGACUGUUUGUUCGCUGUUGAAGAUACGUCAACGAUGGAAAAGAGUCGUGUGGUCGUGUUGGACAACGGAGGGGCCACGUGCAAGAUAGGCUUCGGAGGGGAGGCGGAACCGGUGAAGGUCAUACCUAACUUCGUGGCCAAAGCCAAGGGCCUGAAACGGCCGUUCGUUGCUGACCUAGUCGACACGUGUCCCGACAUCAAGGGUUUGGGCGUGCUGAGGCCCGUUGACCGCGGCUACGUGGUCAACUGGGAUCUGCAGCAAACCAUCUGGGACAGAGCGUUCUCCGGUAUUCUCAAGGUACUACGUGAAUGA